AUGUGCCUGUGUACCAAGUUUCUCUCAUCUCCCCGUCAUGCCCAUCCCUCCCUCCUUCCCUCUGAGAAACCACCCGCUGUUCCAGGGCAGCAAGAGCACGCUGCUGACAGAGGCAGGGCGAAUCUACACUUGACCUGUCCCUGUAUACUGAAAUCCCCUUCCCGCCUCUUGACCCCUCUUCCCCCUCCCCCCCACCUCUCAAUCCCCUCCUCUCUGCCUGCAGGCAACCACCCGCUGCAACCACCCGCUGUUCCAGGGCAGCAAGAGCACGCUGCUGACAGAGGCAGGGCGAAUCUACACUUGACCUGUCCCUGUAUACUGAAAUCCCCUUCCCGCCUCUUGACCCCUCUUCCCCCUCCCCCCCACCUCUCAAUCCCCUCCUCUCUGCCUGCAGGCAACCACCCGCUGUUCCAGGGCAGCAAGAACACGCUGCUGACGGAGGCGGGACGAGUGGACAAGUUCAACCAGCGGUACGGCGCCCUCGGCACCAUGUCCAAGAUCCCCGUCCUCGAUAAGGGCGAAAUCGUUAUUGUUAAGAAGUCCAAGGCGCCGGCCAAGAAGGGCGGCAGGAGAUGA